GUGUUUAUAUGAUUCAAGAUGGCCGAGAAAUCAGAGAGAAACAAAUAUGUUCAUUUUUUCUUCAAUUUUGCCCUCAAUAUGUUUGGCUGCGAGAAUUAUUAGGUGGUGAGGAAAAUGUCACGGCAUAGGAAUGUGCGAAAUUAUGCUUACGAAGAAGGUACGUGCUAUAUUAAAAAGUACACUGUGUAUUAAAAAUAUAAAAACUAACUCAUCAUAAGGUAUCCUGCAGUGAGUGCACCGGUCUGUGUUGGGGCAGUCUUAAAGACAGCACAGCAGACUUCAGUAGCCAAUGUUAUGUUUGAAUACUUCAUAUAUAUUUGUCCGUGACUUGAUAUUAAUGUAUAAACACUAUUUCUCUGCCACAACGAUGUUAUUCGUUUUGUCAACAAACCAAAAUGAUAAUUACGAUACUAAGUAAAAUAGUAAAUUUGAUUUGUUUUCAAGCAAACCUCGGUAGUCGAGUGGUUAAGCAGGGGCGGGGGGCAAGGGGGCUGCAACUCCCCUCCAGAAAAAUUGAAGUUGGGCAAAUUCUAAAUGCAAGUUGGGCAAAAAGAUGGGGAUUUAAAAAGUUCAAGAAUUUCGGAAAUUUUACACAGAAUAAUUUUUUUGAAAAUCGGGCAAAAUCAAAAAAGGUUGUGCAAAUUUGAAUCAAUCCCACCUCCUCCCAAAUAGGUGGGCUGAUCGAUGGUAGGAUUAGGGUAUGGGCAAGGUUUGGUGCAAGCAACCACUGUUUUAUAUGACCACUGACCAUUUGAGUGUUCAAACCAAUCAAUUGAUGGACAAAUAGUCACAGCUUAUUGGUUUCUGUGACUGGACAAAUGGAUCAUUCCAGAAACAUCCACACCUCCCCCAUGUGGAAAUUGCAAGUUUAUCCCCACCCUAGCCCUUUCGGACAUCCUGGUAAUUAUCGCAAGCCCCCAGCACACCGCACUAGCAGGGAAAGUAUGGACCUUUUCUGGAAUGACCCAAUAACAAAUUCGAAAAUAAAAAUCUCAGGUGAGGUGGAAAAUAUCUCGGGUGAAAUUUGUAUCAUCCCACUCCUCCCCUCAAAAUCUGGCUGUGUCACUGUGUUAUCCAUUGUUACCCAUGGCGACACAGUGUCAUGUGUGCUGCAGAUAAAGAUCUAUUUUCAUAUUUCAGAUAUGUAUGAAGAUGUGUACGGUCAUUCUGUGGAAGAACAUGACCUGUGUGUCUCACCAACAACAGGUACUUGUAAACCACAUUGAAACAUAUAUAAUUUAUUAAGCAACAUCCUGCUAGUUUUCAGGCAGUGCCACCCCACCCCCUAACGAUGGCCCCAAUGUUUUGAUUGCAAGUCUACCACCAUUCACAAGUAGCAUGUUUCUAUAUUUUUUUUGGUGAUUUUGUAGUCAUGAUGCCAAUUUGCUCACCAUUAAGUUGUCGACUGUUGAAUCUUCAAUAAUUUGUGAUUGUAACAGUCGUACAUAUUAUUAAUACCUUCAGUAUUUGGAUGGGUGAGGGUUUUGGUAACCAAAAAUCUUUGUUUGUAUAAUCUUACUAGCCCAACAGUUCUUGUAUCGACGAGGCGAGACCCAACACCCGAAUUUAUCAUCUUUCAUGGAGGAGCCCCAGGAUUAUGAGGAAGAGGAAUACGAGGAUGAAAGGGAGUGUCUAGGAGCACAAAAGGACUAUAAGCCCCCAAAGCUGGAUAGAGAAAGUCAAGGUAAUUUUCCAAAGCAUUGUGUAGAUUUUGAAGUCAUGUCAGGAUACUGAAGAUAAUGAGCAUGCAGUAUGUAAUCUCAAAUGGUUUGUGCCAGACGAGUGUAGGUACUUGCCAAUAAUAAGGAAGGAUUGGUAGGGAUGCAAGAAUUCAGUGUUCAUUGAAGCCUUGGCUUUGCUUGAAACUUUGAAGUUCUUGUAUUUUUCAGGUACGGUAGUUGUAUCCCUAUCAAUACACCAAAAUACCAUGUUUCACCAUUCUUGUAAACACUCCAUGGUAUUUAACAAAGAUACUACUAUAGAGUACAUGAAAUGUGCAGUGAUUAUGCUAGGCUGCUAACCAAUCACAAAAAGCCAGUCAACUACCCAUCCCUCCCUUCCUUGCAUCAUUUACUAUGCCAAAGGAAAUCUUCUAAUUUUCUACGAGCUAUAUUUUGCAAUAUGAGAGAUUGUACAGUAUCGUCAGUAUGUGAAGCCAGGUGUACAUGUUAGCUUUUAUAAGUAAAAAAGUUCUGAAGAGAAGAAAAUAGGGGAUAAAACAAUUAUGAACAAUAUUAUAGUUGCAUCGCUACCAACGAAAUCUUGUUAAUUUUAUUGGCACUACCUACACUCAGUCUGACAAAGUCAGUUCAAGAAUAGAACAAUUAGCCUUUCUCACGAAGGCCAAAAUCUGCCAUUUUUGGGGUACUGCCUGCCCUCGUGAAAGAUUCUAGACAAUUCAAACAUUGUGAAAAGCAACUUUUAAAAGUUGUAACUGUAAAUUUUGCAUUAUACAAACAACUAUAAUACCAGUACUAAAAAGUUGUUGACUCUCAAACGUGAGAGAGUCAGUACCCCCAAAAUUGCCGGAAAAAUCGGCCGUGAGAAAGCUUAACUGGAUUAUAUUUUCUUGAAAUAUUUUUAACGUAAUGCUUUGGAAUUAUCUAGCGAAGCUGUUAUCUUGUAUGGAUCAAUUUCGAUCGAUACUUGGUGACCAUUGUGAUGAAGAGGGAGCGACUGCCGCCAUUUUGAAACACGAUUUUGACUUAGAAAAGGCAAUUGAUUAUGUAUUAAGCGAAGGUAAACCUAAACAGUAGUAUGUACAGUCGAUUUAUACUCUUGAGUUCCUUUCUUAAAAGUAUACUUGUAUUGUCGAGGAACACAGGAAGUGUAUCAGAGUUAUUAUCAGCUUACAAACGAUAAAGUCUGAACACAUCAGACAUGUAAAACACGGAAAGGAUGUUGUAAAACCUGUCUGGACCAAUUACCAUAUCAUAGCUGGACCAGUGACCAUAUCAUAGCUGGACCAAUGACCGUAUCAUAGCUAGACCAAUGACCAUAUCAUAGCUGGACCAAUGACCAUAUCAUAGCUAGACCAAUGACCAUAUCAUAGCUAGACCAAUGACCAUAUCAUAGCUGGACCAAUGACCAUAUCAUAGCUGGACCAAUGACCAUAUCAUAGCUGGACCAAUGACCGUAUCAUAGCUAGACAAAUGACCAUAUCAUAGCUGGACCAAUGACCAUAUCAUAGCUAGACCAAUGACCAUAUCAGUGGUCGACCGGGGGCAUGAUUUUGGCCGGGGCCGGGGAUGCAUGAUUUUGGCCGGGGCCGGGGCCGGGGACUGGUCGAACACAAUCUCGUACCCAGAGCAAGGCCUGUGCACGGGCUAGGAUGGCAUUGGCUCUGGGGAAAUUGACAACCAGAACCCCUAAAUUUAGGGGUUCCGGUUCUUUGUCGGCAUGCACGAUUCAUAAACGUUAAACCAAUCACAGCACAAGAAAAAUUCAAUUUCCCCAAAGCCAAUGCCAUCCUAGCCCGCGCACAGGCAUUGCUCUGAGUACGAGAUUGGGUCGAACAUUGAUAUUAUGUGAUGUUGCGCGAUGUUAUUUAAGCGGGAUUUGGAAAGGCCAGUGGAAUUUACUGGACAGCGGUUUAUUGCUAUCGUCAGCCAUAUUGGAAACAUUUUACGAGAAUAAAUGGUAGUGAUGGGCGAUACCAGCUUUUUUGGUUUCGAUACAAUACCAGUCCGAUACCAUGAAUUUUGGUCGAUACCGAUAGCAAAAUCGAUACCGAUACUCAAUUUUUUCCAUUUAUUAAAAUAACUUUUAAAACACGAACAUUAAUGUUUAAAACAAGUCAAAGAAUACUCUAACUGGAGUACCUGCCAAAUAAUCGAACAUAACAUUUGCAAUUAUGAUUUUAAAUCAAAACAACGUUUUCCUCAAAUAUAUUGCUAAUUAGCUACAUGUUUUUGUUUAAGAACAGCAUCAUGUCAACAUUUUUUGCCUUCAGGGGCCUUCUGUCUGUUGCCUUCAUGAAGCAUUAAGUGAUUGGUCAGGAAUACUGACCAAAAACAUCGCAGGCUCAAGUGGUAUCGAAUUACCGAUACUUUUUGCGAGUAUCAAAAGUAUCGAUACUUUUGUAAGUAUCGAUGAUUUCGAUACUUUUUCGAUAGUAUUGCCCAUCACUAAUAAAUGGUACGUAUCUUUUCUGUUCGUUGCUUUCGAUAUAAUUUUGUCGAUUUUUUUAAACUGUUUUAAACUUUUACUACGUUUUUACUACGUUUUUACUAGUUUUUAGUUUUGCUAAGGUUCCCUGAAUCUUGACAAUUAUAAGAUAAUAAUAGAAAGAAUUUGACAAAUUUGAGCUUGAAAUCCCCGGCCAAAUUUCCAGAAUUUUGGCCGGGGCCGGGCCGGGGCCGGGGGUGCCAAUUUUGGCCGGGGCCGGGGCCCCGGUCGAGCCCUGCAUAUCAUAGCUAGACCAGUGACCAUAUCAUAGCUGGACCAAUGACCGUAUCAUAGCUAGACCAAUGACCAUAGAUCAUAGACCAAGGCUUGUAAUAAAUAAAUAAAUAAAUAAAUACUUACAACCAGAAAAUGUUUCCUAAAUAAAACUAAAUUAAAUACUUGUAGUUUGCCUUGACAAAUUAUCGGUCUCUUUGCCAGUAUUUUAUACAUGGACAAAUCAUCAGAUGAAUUAGUUUUCAUUGCCCAAGUUUAUCCAACGGAUCUAUCAGAUAUACAGUACUGUAUGCAAGAAGUGUGGUAUCGGCAAAAGCACUGAAAUCAUGAAUCUUUUCCAGGUGGAAAUCAGGAUUUAAAGAGCCAUAAUGUGUCCAGAAAGGAAAAAGGUAAAUAAAUACACUUAGUCGAUUGAGUACAUUUAAAUGAAAAAGGUGACUAGUCUUCGCUAUGACUCAAGUAAAAGUGAUUGAAAUAGCAUUGGCACCAUUAGGUAUAAUGGGUUUAAGUCCAUAGGUAAUGUGUUUAAGUUCAAGAUAGCGUUAAUUCUACUGUAUUUUAUCGUAACGCCAUCGCAUUAUUAUUAUACAGACAAUCCAAUACUAACUUUGUGCCUUUUUUCUUUUUUUCCUAUGACUUCCUUCACUCUCUGUGCCAUGGCAAUAUUAAGGUAAGAUGUCCUAAAAAUUGAAAAUAUUAGCAAGUUGCACUCUGAACGCAGUUCAGGAUGUUUCCAACCAAAUAAAGUCCUGGCUGACAGCCAGGGUACUAGUUUUAAUAAACCGUUGCAAACUUCGAAUGAAUCGAAAAAGCUUAGCUCGCCUGGUGCUUUUUUACCGUCUGGUAGAGUGGAUGAAGGAUGCGGAACACAAUGUUUGUCAACUUUACCAAGUAGAAAAAAUCCAGAGGUUUUACUAUCAGAAGGGCGGAUGAAUGACGAAGAGUCUGGCGAUAAUCAGCAUACAAGAGACCAACCCUUGCCUAUUAUGAACACCGGAUUUAAAGGGUCUUCGCCGUUAGCUCGAUUGUUAGAAACCCGAAAAUCUGAAGGAAGACGAAAAGUAGGAGAUGGACACGUUUUGUCACAAUUCCCAAUCAACAACGCUACUGGGCAAUCUCGUGACAGCUCCUCUACUACAACUAAAACAGUCAGUGAGAGCUCUUCUAAUCAACUUUUAGAAAGAGGAAAAUCUGUGACAUUCAAAAAUGCAGAAGCAUCUUUCAUUGGAAAAGAUGCUCCAAACAAUAGUACUACAUGUAACUUACCAAAAAGUGAGGAUCGUAAUAAGUUGCCAUUGAGUCAACUGUUAAAAACACGACCAGAUAAUCGAAGCAAAAAUGCAGAAAUAUCUCACGUCCUUAAUAGGAAACCAGAAAGUGAAAGUUCUUCCGUAUCACCUUUGCGCGGACAUCCUGUUUCAAAGGAAAAGCAGUCGGAUGGUAAUGUCACGUUGUCAACUUCAGGCUUACUACAAAACAAGGGUUUGACAUCGGGUCAGCUAUCAGAAACAAAACAAUCACCUAGAAAUGAAACAAAGUUUAAAUCAUUGAGCGAGUUCAUUGAAGAACCAGAGUCCUGCAGAAGUCAAGAUUCUCAACUGCCAUCUCUUAUGAGUACACUAAAUAUUCAGGACAGCAGUAAAUCACCUUUGAGCUUGUUGUUCGGCACAAAACAAGCGUCUGAAAACAAAACGCAAGUUUCAACAAAAACUUCACCAUCAGAUGGCCAAUCGAACGCAGAGAAGUUUAAUUUAUCACCGCUUAGUCAGCUAUCAAAAGAAAAGCGGCCGUUGGUUAACAAAGGGUCUGGGACUCUAUUGUUCAACAAGCUGACAACAGGGGAAGCAGAAAGCUCGCAAGGAAUAUCCCUAGUACACAUACCAAAAAAUGAUGGGUCUUCAUCUUUGAGUCAGCUGCUUAAAACAAGGCAAUCGCCCAAAAACGUGGAUUAUGGUAGAAAAGAAUGUUUGGAUAACAAUUCAAAUGUGAAUAUCGGUAAAGAUGACUCAUCUGACAGGGCGAUGUUUCAUCCUGGGGAGUCUACGUUGUCCAAACAGUUCCCGCCAGAUCGUCAGAAUACCAAUGUUCUUGGAAUCAGCCCCGGUACUUGUUGGGCGUCUGAUGUGACCAAAGAUAUCGACUUAUCUACUCUGCUAACGCACAAAAAAUCCCAUGAGAAAACAAAAAAAUUAGGAGAACAUACAGAUCUGUUACCAAUUGAUGGGAGUUCUCGAAUAUCGUCGAAUGAUGUCGAAGAUGGCUUCCGAACCAAGCCGAUUGAAGUCGAUGAAAACCUUCAUUCUCGCGAUUCAGUCCUAGAACUUCUUCACGCUCCAAGCACGUUUGCUUGCACCUUACUUGUGUACUACAAGAAACCUGGGCAGGAAUGGAAGCCCACUGUGAAAGGAUUGUUUCAGAAUGUUGUGGGGAUAGUUCCAUUUAAUUUCAGCACACCCUCGCCUGACGAUGAUGUAACAAGCAAACAGAAAAAAGCACAUUUGAAAAGAAAGUAACAUCGAGGUUCGAGUCUAGCACGAUCGGAAAUUGCGGCCCCAAAUUGAUAUCUAAGAUGAGUCAGCUCAUGUUCACUAAGCAUGCUGCAUCUCAUAUGCUGAAUAUUAAUGAGGCGAACUACUGGAUUGUUUCAAGAGUCGGCAAAGUUUUUGAUGCAUUGUUAGAAAUUUGAGGUUAAGAAAAAGCCAAAGGCCCAUAAACAAUACUUGCAAUGAGUGCUAUAAUAAUACAUAACAUACUAAUACAUGGCCAUUUUUUUGUGCGAUUUCCGGUCGUGCAGUAACUUUCGUCCUCGCGUGUGUUUGAAAUGUGCUAUGUGAUUUUACCAGAGUUCAUGGCAAACUGUUUCUCGAUUAAGGGGGAUGUCAUGACAUAGAUUCCUGAAAAUAUUUUUACUGUAAAUAUUAUGAUUAUUUUCAUCACUAUUAUCGUAAGUUGGCGAAACACUGGAUUAAUUUAUAAGGUAAAAAAUGGGAUCCAACUAGUUCAAUAAUUUAUUUCACAUUUCUGAUAAUCAAAAUUGCUUUUUUGGAAGUAGUUUAAACAUCUUUAGCACGAAAAAUUGGCUAGGAAAAUGUUCAUACAUUAUCUAGAAAAGCAUUAUACUUACUCCUGUGCAAAUGUUGGGAUGGUCUUCCAAUUGACCUUUUUAGUAAAACAAAUAAAUAAGUUCAGAGCUAUGCUUGAGGGUACAUAGAAGUUUUCAUGUGUAUAUUUAAUAUUUAUAGUAUUCCUGUAAUUAGUAGUAAUAGUUUGUAUGUGGUUUUGUAGAUUUUCUUUUGUAAAUUUUGUUUAUAACUGAUGGAACUACAUGUACAGUACAAGUUGUAAAAUAUUUUUAAGUAAUAAUUACAAUAAAUAAGAAUAACUGACGACGCAGUUGCAAGGUUUGAAAUUGGAAAAAAAAUAUGGCAGGGCCGUAGGUUCAAUUCCUACCAGAGGACCUUGUGCUGCAUUUUUCGCAGUCGUUCCUGGUUAGGUCUUAAAAUGUAUAUAUUCUCACUUGGAUUACAAACCCUAACAUCCUAAUAUUAAUUCCACCAAAUGAAGUGCAAGAAUCUAAGUUGAUAGGUGGACUGUAUGUGGAGCAGGUGUGUAUAUAGUUACCAAUGGGGUACCCCCCCCCCCCCACCAAAGUUGAGAGGGUCACUUUCGUCCCCUAUCCAAGAGCGGUCUGCAGAAAAAAAUGAAUACCUGAAGACUGAUACCCUUUGACCGAUGGCGACGCCGAGGCUAAUUUGUAUAAUCAUGCUAUUGGUUCCUGCUCAGCUACGAAGCAGAGAUUCCUUUGUUUGUAAAUUGCACCUCAACAGCGUUACAUUUUAGAUUCAAGGCGGUGUAAUACUCCCAAGAAAAAUGAAUUAUCUCCGGUUAACGAUCGAACACCUCAAGCCAAUAAAUCGUCGCCUGUGAUGGGUCGUGAUACAUUGGAUUCGAACUCGUCUGGAUCCAG